GUUCUAGCUUGCCCCAGGCGCGGGGCCCCAGAUGGUGGCGUUAGAAGCCCCGACUCAGUGAUGGCGGCCGUGGAGGGGCCCCCUACCGAGCGGGAGGCUGGGGGUGGCCCGGAGGUGAGACCCCGCUGCCUUCACAGAGUUGGGGGCCGCGGCGCCUGCGUCCUCCCGCAGGCUAGGAGUGGAGCAGAACUCAUAUGCCUAUGCGGAGAGGCCUGGGGGACCUCAGGAGGAUGUAGGCUCCGGGUGCGCAGGGCUGGGCCUUCUUGCUCUCGGUAGACUUCUUGGUCUCCACGUGCCCCGCCCUCGGCCCCCUCCCGCUACUCUUGCCGGUUCCAGUUCCCUCCUGUGGGUACCGCUAACGGCAUCUUCCCGAGGCCCAGAAUCCACCGUCAGGCAUAAAUUGAUUAUUCCUCACCCAAAGCUGUGCCAGAUUCUGAAAACAGGAAUAAGAUGAAGGAACGAAAAUCAAAGAUGGAAAUUUCUGAAGAAAAGGAGUCAGCGAGGGCUGCAUCCGAAAAACUCCAAAGACAGAUCACCCAGGAAUGUGAGUUAGUUGAAACCGGUAAUUCUGAGGACAGAUUAUUGAAGCACUGGGUAAGCCCUUUAAAGGAUGCAGUGAGACAUCUCCCUUCCCAAGAGAGAGGUAUCAGGGAAAUGCGUAUUAUCCCCAAGAAAGCCACUGUGGGAGAGAUUGGCCAUGGAUGUAAUGAAGGAGAAAAAAUACUUUCUGCAGGAGAAAGCUCCCAUAGAUAUGAGGUUAGUGGCCAAAACUUCAAACAUAAGUCAGGAUUAACUCAACAUCAGAAAAUUCAUAAUAUAAAUAAGACCUAUGAAUGUAAGGAAUGUGGAAAAACCUUCAACAGGAGUUCAAACCUGAUAAUACAUCAGAGAAUUCAUCCUGGAAAUAAACCAUAUGUGUGUAAUGAAUGUGGGAAAGACUCUAAUCAAAGUUCACAUCUUAUACAUCAGAGAAUUAAUACAGGAAAGAAACCUUACAUAUGUCAUGAAUGUGGAAAAGACUUCAAUCAGAGCUCUAAUCUGGUGAGACAUAAGCAAAUUCACAGAGGCGGGAAUCCCUAUGAGUGCAAAGAGUGUGGGAAGGCUUUUAAGGGAAGCUCAAACCUUGUCCUACACCAGAGAAUCCACAGUGUGGGGAAGCCUUAUUUAUGCAAUAAAUGUGGGAAGGCCUUCAGUCAAAGUUCACACCUUGUCACACAUCAGAGAAUUCACACUGGAGAGAAACCCCUCAAGUGUAAUGAAUGUGAAAAAGCCUUCAGGCAGCAUUCUCACCUUACUGAACACCAGAGACUCCACAGUGGAGAGAAACCCUAUGAAUGUCACAAACGUGGGAAGACCGUCAGUGGGCGCACAGCUUUCCUCAAACAUCAGAGACUGCAUGCUGGAGAAAAACUUGAAGAAUGUGAGAAAACCUUCAGCAAGGAUGAGGAGCUUACAGAAGAGCAGAGACUUCACCAGGAAGAAAAAGCUUAUUGGUGUAAGCAGUGUGGUAGGAAUUUCCAGGGCAGCUCAGACCUCAUCAGACAUCAGGUAACUCAUACAGGAGAGAAACUGUAUAAAUGUAAAGAAUGUGGGAAAACUUUCAAUCAGAGCUCAGACCUUCUGAGACAUCAUAGAAUUCACAGUGGAGAAAAACCUUGUGUAUGUAGCAAAUGUGGGAAAUCUUUUAGGGGCAUCUCAGAUCUUACUAGACACCAUCGUAUUCAUACUGGAGAGAAACCCCAUGAAUGUAGUGAAUGUGGGAAAGCCUUCAGCCAGCGGUCACACCUUGUUACACACCAGAAAAUCCAUACUGGAGAGAAGCCCUAUCGGUGCAAUGAAUGUGGGAAUGCCUUCAGACGGCGUUCCCUCCUUAUUCAACAUCAGAGAAUUCACAGUGGUGAGAAGCCCUAUGAAUGUAAGGAAUGUGGGAAACUCUUCAUUUGGUACAUGGCUUUCCUCAAACAUCAGAGAUUGCAUGCUGGAGAGAAACUUGACUGUGAGAAAACCUUCAGCCAGGAUGAAGAGCUUACGGAAGAGCAGAGAACUCACCAGGAAGAGAAAGCUUAUUUGUGUAAUCAGUGUGGUAGGAAUUUCCAGGGCAGCUCAGACCUCAUCAGACAUCAGGUAACUCAUACAGGAGAGAAACCGUAUGAAUGUAAAGAAUGUGGGAAAACUUUCAAUCAGAGCUCAGACCUUCUGAGACAUCAUAGAAUUCACAGUGGAGAAAAACCUUAUGUAUGCACCAAAUGUGGGAAAUCUUUUAGGGGUAGCUCAGAUCUUAUUAAACACCAUCGUAUUCACACUGGAGAGAAACCCUAUGAAUGUAGUGAAUGUGGGAAAUCCUUCAGCCAGAGGUCACACCUUGCUACACACCAGAAAAUCCAUACUGGAGAGAAGCCCUAUCAGUGCAAUGAAUGUGGGAGUGCCUUCAGGCGGCGUUCCCUCCUUAUUCAACAUCGGAGAAUUCAUAGUGGUGAGAAACCCUAUGAAUGUAAGGAAUGUGGGAAACUCUUCAUGUGGUGCACAGGUUUCCUCAAACAUCAGAGACUGCAUGCUAGAGAGAAACUUGAAGAAUCCGAGAAAACCUUCAGCAAAGAUGAGGAGCUUAGGGAAGAGCAGAGACUUCACCAGGAAAGGAAAGUUUAUUUGUGUAAUCAGUGUGGUAGGACUUUCCAAGGCAGCUCAGACCUCAUCAGACAUCAGGUAACUCAUACAAGAGAGAAACCGUAUGAAUGUAAAGAAUGUGGGAAAACUCAAUCAGAGCUCAGACCUUCUGAGACAUCAUAG